AUGCCAUCCCAGAACUUUCCCUACGCUAAAACGCUUGUCCGCGCCGAGCAUGUCGGCUCACUAUUGAGGCCCCUACCUCUCUUGCAGCAGCGUCGCUUGUAUUGCAAGGGGUUGUGUACACGUCAGGAGCUGGCCGCCGCCGAAGAUAACGCUGUUGCGCAUGUCCUGAACCUUCAGCGUGAAGUGGGCAUGCGGUCGCUCACUGACGGCGAAGUGAGAAGGGAGGUCUUCUUCGAAGGUGUCUUUGAGAACCUCGAAGGGAUGAAGAUCGUCAUGCGUCCCAUCACCCAUUUCAAGAAAUACAUACCGCACAUAAAACUGAUGUAUGCAGCUGGGCUCAAAGUGUCAGAAUCGGUGUAUUGCUCAGGGAAGAUUAGGAGAAGAAAGGCGUUCUACGCAGAGCAGUUCAAAUCCCUUAAACGCUUAGUGCGUCGGGAGGAUGUAAAGUUAAUUAAAAUAACCAUGUGUUCCCCUUCGUGGUUCCACCAGCGUCAUGGAUCCGAUUUAACCUACGACCUAGAUGUUUACAAGAACGAUGACGAGUAUUUCGAAGACAUUGGCAAGGCUUAUCGUGAAGAAAUCCGAGAACUCUACGAACUUGGCUGUCGUCGCAUCCAAAUUGAUGACCCGACGUUCUGCUAUUUCUGCAAUGAUACAAUGAUAUCGGAGAUGCGAAAGGCCGGAGUCAACCCAGAUGCCUUGUUGGACACGUACAUUCGCGCCAUCAAUCUUUGCGUCCAGGACCGACCCUCCGAUUUAACCAUCGGGCUUCAUAUGUGCCGCGGAAACUUCAAAGGCGGCGUCCAUUUCACGGAAGGGGGCUACGGCCGGAUUGCCCGCAAGGCUUUCAACGACCUCGACGUGGACGUAUUCUACCUGGAGUACGACACGGAACGCUCGGGUGAUUUUUCUCCGCUGAAGCACUUCCCUCUGAAUAAGGUUGCAGUGCUAGGCCUGGUGACGACGAAGUCUGGCAAGCUCGAAGCCAGCGAGGUAAUAAGAUCACGGGUCCAUGAAGCAGCGGAAGCCAUGGCACGGGAGAAUCCCCACCGCUCAAAGAGCGUAGCAUUGAAUCAGCUUUGCAUUAGUACUCAAUGUGGCUUUGCCUCCGUUUGGGAGGGGAACCCCCUGACAGAAGCUGAUGAGAAGCGCAAACUGGCGUUGCUGGUGAAGGUUGCGGCGGAAAUCUGGGGUGCUUGA